AUGGCUGCUAGAUUCUUUGCAAGGCGGACCCGCAAAGAAGCUUCGACCCCAGCGCAAUUGGAAGAACCAGUUCUGAAGCACGAGUUUGAAGGACACAACGAUGCGAUUUGGGGUUUUGUUUUCUUGCACGACAACAUCCACAUCGUGAGUGGUUCAUUGGAUGGCACCAUGCGCAAGUGGAACUGCGAUACGGGACUUGUUGUUGGGGAACCAUGGAAAAGUGAGGGGGGAGGCAUCUAUGCACUGGCGCUUUCACCGGAUGGGAAGAUAAUUGCAUGUGGGAGGGAGGAUGGAAGCGUUCAGCUAUGGAACACCGAUAGGGAGAAGAUCGAAGGGGUUUGGACGGGUCAUAGCAGGGCGGUGCGAUCGCUAUCGUGGUCACCCAGCGGAAAUCAACUUGCCAGCGGGUCCGAAGAUGGAACAAUCCUGAUUCAAAAUGUAGAAAGUGGGAAAGUCGAACUGGGCCCGAUAGAGACCGUGACGAAGCAGGACUCGGAAGGGGUGCAAUCUCUUGCAUAUUCACCUUCAGGUGACAGACUCGCAUCAGGCGGGUUCAAUACAAUUUGUAUCUGGGACACGAAGACCGGCGAGCAUGUUAUCGACCCCAUCGAAGGCCUGGGGUUAUUUGUGACGUCGUUGGUGUGGUUGUCAGACAGCACAAAGCUUUAUUCCGCCUCCGACGAGUUCGCACGUGUUUUUGACAGCGAUACAGGCGAACUACUCCAUCGCUUCGAGCAUGAUCAUUCCCUGUGGUCCAUCGCGCUUUCACCCAAACACAAUGUCCUAGCGUGCGUGGGUAUCCGAGGUGUUGUACAACUAUGGGACACAGAGUCUCAUCAGAAAAUCGGCCAGUCAUUCCACCAGGAGCAUCACCAAUGGCAUUUCUGCGUAUCGUUCUCUCGAGAUGGGAGAUAUGUAGCAUAUGGCGGAGAUGACAAUAAACUCACUCUAUGGAUGGUCAAAGACAUAACUAAAGGACUACCUCCGAAGCACAACUUUGAGGGCCAUGCGAGAGCUAUUCGGGAUUUUGUCUUCUUGCACGACAACAUUCACAUCGUGACUGGUUCAGAGGACGGCACGAUGCGCAAGUGGAACUAUGACACAGGACUUCUUGUUGGGAAACCAUGGAGUGGGGUUGGCGGAAGCAUAUAUGCACUGGCGCUAUCACCGGACGGCAAGACAAUUGCGUGCGGGAGGGCAGAUGGAAGCGUCCAGCGAUGGAAUACGGAUGGAAAUAUGAUGCUUGAAGGUGCUCGGAGAGGUCAUAUUCAUAGCGAUUGGGUGCGGUCGCUAUCAUGGUCUCCCAACGGAGGUCAUAUUGCGAGCGGGUCCGAUGACGGAACAAUCCUCAUUCGAAAAGCGACAAGCGGAAUAGUAGAGUUUGGCCCAAUCAAGACGAAGCAGUACCGGGUGUGUGCUCUUGCAUAUUCACCUUCUGGCAACAGAAUAGCAUCGGGCGGGUGGAACACGACGAUUUGCAUAUGGGACAGCAAGACUGGCGACCUUGCUCUCGGGCUCAUCCAAGGCCUGGGUUAUGAAGUGACGUCAGUAGUGUGGUCGUCGGACAGUACAAAGCUCUACUCCGCAUCCGAUAAAUUAGCGCGCGUCUUCGACAGCACCUCAGGCGCACUACUCCAUUACUUCCAGCAUGACGAUAUCCUGUAUUCCAUCGCACUUUCACCCACGUACAAUGUCCUGGUGUGCGUGGGCGAUCAAGGUAUCGCACAACUAUGGGACACAGAGUCCUACCAGUUACUUGGACAGCCAUUUAACCAGAAUCGUCAAAUCCUCCGCUGUGCAUCGUUCUCUCGAGACGGGAGAUACCUAGCAUGUGGCGGACACGACAGGACACUUGCUAUGUGGAUUGUCAACGACAUAGUUUCUCCACUUAUAGCAAAUAUAAAGUCAUCAUGGGGCGAUCGCGUCACUGACGAGGGACACAACGAUCUAUAUGACUCAUGUCUCUGGGUAAACUUCAUGUUUGUCAUGCAAGAGCACUAG